GAGAUACCCAUUUCCAUCCAUCCGCUGUGAAAAAGAAGAACCAAGUAGUAUAAUGGAUCAUUCAGCGAAAACCACACAGAACCGUGUUUUGUCAGUGAAGAUGUGGCCACCGAGUAAGAGUACCCGCCUCAUGCUUGUUGAGCGGAUGACCAAGAACAUAACCACCCCUUCCAUCUUCUCCAGGAAGUACGGUCUUUUGACUGUUGAAGAGGCUGAGCAAGACGCCAAGCGCAUUGAAGACUUGGCUUUUGCUACUGCCAACAAACACUUCCAGAACGAGCCUGAUGGUGAUGGAACUUCUGCCGUUCAGGUCUAUGCUAAAGAAUCCAGUAAGCUCAUGCUUGAAGUCAUCAAACGAGGUCCUCAGGAAGAGUCCGAGGUUGAGGUGAGCAAGGAUGGGGAUAUCUUUUUUGAUAUAUCUGGUGGGAGCAGAGCAUUUAUCGACGAAGAGGAGGCACGCGAGCUUUUGAGGCCUUUGGCUAGGCCGCAUAACUCCUUUACCAAAAUCCGUUUUAGCAACAGGAGUUUUGGCUCAGAAGCAGCCAAAUUUGCUGCCAGCGUUUUGUCUUCCAUCAAGGAUCAGCUGACGGAAGUGGAUCUCUCGGAUUUUGUUGCAGGAAGACCAGAGGCAGAAGCACUUGAAGUCAUGAAUAUGUUUUCAUCUGCUUUGGAGGGUUCUAAGCUAAGGUAUCUGAAUCUCUCGGACAAUGCUUUGGGAGAAAAGGGAAUUAGGGCAUUUGCUUCUCUCAUCAAGUCUCAGAAUGACUUGGAGGAGCUAUAUCUGAUGAAUGAUGGCAUUUCCGAGGAUGCUGCACGUGCAGUUCGUGAGCUACUUCCUUCUACUGGCAAAAUCAGGGUUCUUCAGUUCCAUAACAACAUGACAGGAGAUGAAGGAGCAAUCGCCAUUGCAGAGAUUGUCAGGCAGUGUCCAUCGUUGGAAGAUUUCCGGUGUUCAUCUACAAGGAUUGGUUCAGAAGGUGGUGUUGCGCUAGCUGAAGCACUUGAACACUGUAGCCACUUGAAGAAACUUGAUCUUCGCGACAACAUGUUUGGAGUCGAAGGUGGAGUUGCCUUGGCCAAGACUGUAUCAGUGUUGAGUCAUUUAACUGAGAUCUAUAUGAGUUACCUGAAUUUGGAGGAUGAGGGAACAGAGGCACUCUCUGAAGCUCUACUUAAGUCUGCCCCUUCUCUUGAAGUUCUUGAAUUGGCUGGGAACGAUAUUACUGUAAAAUCUGCUGGAAAUUUGGCAGCUUGCAUCGCCUCCAAACAGUCUCUUUCAAAGCUGAAUUUAUCUGAGAAUGAACUCAAAGAUGAAGGGACUAUCUUAAUCGCAAAGGCAGUUGAAGGUCAUGAUCAGUUAGUUGAAGUUGACCUGAGCACCAACAUGAUCAGAAGAGCUGGGGCAAGAGCCUUGGCACAAACUGUUGUGAAGAAAAAUACUUUCAAGCUUCUCAACAUUAAUGGAAACUUCAUAUCUGAGGAAGGUAUUGACGAGGUAAAUGACAUGUUUAAGGACUCUCUUGACAAGCUUGUUCCUUUGGACGACAAUGACCCUGAAGGAGAAGAUUUUGAAGAUGAAGACGAAGAGGAGGAAGGCGAAGAAGACAAUGAAUUGGAAUCAAAGCUUGGAGGUCUGAAAAUCAAACAAGAGGAGGAAUAGGAGGAGGUAACAUGAUGUGAUGCUUUUGUUGCUAUGUAGGUAGGUUCAGUGUUAUCUCUCUCCCUGGAUUUGGUAAACCUAGUUAAGUAGGUAUGUAAGGAUCUAAGAUUGUCUUCAGUUCUAUUUCCUUGAAGCGAAAUUGUUAUCUUCAUGUAAACCAGAAUUGUUGUUGCUCUUUUGGUUAUGAAUAUUUAAAUGAUCUUUUAGCUGAAAUCAUGUUCCUCUCAUAUGAGCCGUGGAAAAAAAGAGCAGUGUAGCAU